ACACACAGCGGUAUAGAGUUAGAGAGGCAGCCACCGCUCUCUCUUUCAAUACUCAUAACACACUCUCUACAAAUACAUACAUAUACUACUAUUUUAGAGAGAGAAACAAGGAAAAAGGAAAAAAGAGCAAAAGGGUUGUGUUGUGUUGUGAUCGCUGCAGUUGACGGCCGAAACCCUAAUUUCUUCUCCGAUCAACGCUUUCUCACAUUCCUUGGAUUUUUUCUAUUUCAAUCUAUAUCUAUCGCUGCUCUCGCCAAACCACAUUUAUUACUUUUUCAUAUACAGAAUAUUUUCCUUGCCUGGGUGUUUUCUUUGCUAUUGAUUUUUGGUUUUUCUCCUAAGAAUGGUGACGGAUAACUCGCCGCCCCCCGCUGACGUCGCCUCCAACGGCGGCGGCUCUACCAGUCCCCAGUCCCGGCGGCGGAGCCUGCCAUCUCCCUGGGCUUCCGUUGUUCGCGGAGAUUCCGAGCAAAACUCCUCUCCGACAGCUGCUGCCUCAGCCCCUCCUGGGUCUUCUUUGUCUCCGCCGCCGGAGCAGACUUCUGCUUUGGAUAACUCUUUGAUUGAGAGUUCAGGCUCCGAACCCCAGCCCGAGAGCUCUGAUGUUAACGGCGAUAACAAUGCUGGUCGCCCGAGGAGGCCCGCUUGGAACAGGCCGUUGAACGGCGUCGUUGAGCCCGCUUCUGUUAUGGGUGGGGCUGUUUCCUGGCCCGCCCUCUCUGAAACAACCCGACCCAUCCCGAGAUCGUCUUUGGAUACCUCCAGACCUAUUUCUGAUGGAUCAGCCUCUCCAUCUCAGGCUCCCAUAAUAUCUCAUCCUCCUCAGCGACCAACUAAUAGUAAUGCUCAUGCUAAUUCUACUAUAAACAAUCCAAUGCCUACUAGGCCAAGGUCAAGGAACCGUAGUGGCGGUAGCUCUUCAUCGACUGGUCCAUCUCAGAAUAAUUAUAAUCAGCCAUCUCUCCCAAUGCCCCCACCAUUUCCUGUUUUUGAAGUGCCUUUUGGGAUGGUUCCUGCUGUGCUGGAUACUUCUGUGAGAGGUGGAAGACCGGUUGGAGGAGCUGGCGGUUCCCAGUCACAUACUGGCAAUGACCAUUCUUCUCAGAGGAAUAAUUCUAGAAGGGGUGGUUAUGGGCCCCGUCCUCGUGGAGAUGGACAAUACCACAAUAACCAUGGAGGCAGGCGCGAUCAAGAUCGUAGAGAUGUUCAUCAUCCACCCCAGUAUGUACCGCCACCCAUUGGAUAUAUGCCAGCUCCACUGCCUCCUGGAGCAGCCCCCUUUAUGGCACCUCCACCUGUGAGAGUGUUUCCUGGACAAAUGGGGUUUGAUAUGGCUGCUACUUUAUUCUAUGUUCCAGCAAUGCCUCCAGAGUCUUUAAGGCCUAUGCCGCUCGUUCCUCCACCGCCUCCCAUGCUCUUUCCUCCUGCUAAUGAAAAUCCUUUAACAAAUUUGAUUGUUAAACAAAUAGACUUCUACUUCAGUGAUGAUAAUUUGGUGAAAGAUAACUUUUUGAGAUCAAAGAUGGAUGAGCAUGGCUGGGUCCCCAUUACUUUAAUAGCCUCCUUUCGGCGAGUUCAGCAAUUGACGAAGGAUAUCCCAGUAAUUUUGGAGUCCUUGAGAUAUUCUACAGUUGUGGAAGUACAGGGUGACAAGGUGAGGAGGCGUAACGAGUGGAGUAAAUGGCUGCAUUCCUCUGCUCGGCCUAGUCUUGAUUCUGGCCCUCACACUCCGAGGGCAGCCCCUGAAAAUGUACUGGCAACCUCCUUACAGGAGGUUUCACUGGAUGAUUCAAUGACUAAUGCAAAUGGCAACAAGGCCACAAUGGAAGGUCACACAGAUACUGGUAGGUCUUUUCCAGAGGAGUCGACUAGCCAGUCGGUGUUGGCUAAUGGAGAGGAUGCUACUGCAGAAGAAGCCCGUGCAGUCAGUGUAUGAAAUUUACUCUGUGAAGAUCUGCACAUCAAGCCAAGAGGAGAGUAAAGAAAAGAGCACGUGUAACUUAUCAAACUCAAGAAGCAGAUGGAACCCGAAAAGAAUACCAGAGCUGACAGACAGUUCAUCUCACCAAACUGGCCUUUAAUUGCUACGUGGGUAGCGUUUUUUUUUUUUUUUUUUUUUUGUCACUAAUGGUUCAGUACUUGAUUCUUGGAUGCAUCCAGGAGAAAUAUUUUAAGGUGAACUUUCCUCAGUAUAUAGGGCAUUUUGAAAAGAAAAUGAAUUGAAGUUGAUGUGUGUGCCCAACAUGAGACCAGGCUCAGCUUGAUUUUGGUUGAUACUCUGAAGGCCUCUUGAAUGGGAUCAUGAUGAUAUGUGCCCACUCAUUUUUGGAUAUUUAUUCUUUUGACCAUUUUGCUCUCUUCCAAUUUGCUUCCUAUGUAGAAGCAUAUCAUAAUUUGCAUCUAAAAUCCAGUUAUUUAACUGUUGAGGAAGAUGUUUUUAUGUCAUCUUGGAUGCUCUGGUGUAAGAUAACUUAUUUUGUCAUUGGGAUGUGGAUGAAGAUUUGGGCAGCGUA